AUGGAAAAGGUUGUGAUCAGCAUCGUCAUUCUUGGAUCCAUCUCAGGUUUAACUGAGGGUGCUGGUGUGUUGCCAGAUGGUCCUCUGAAUGCAACUGUUAAUGGGACGUUCCUGUUCACUACAUCACUGACUCCAACAGAAAAACCAUUUAUGUCUGUGAACUGGUUUUUUGGUGUAAAUAAUAUAAUAACCUCAUAUGCUGCCUCAAACACAACUCCUCCAGAGUAUGAAGGCAGGAUAACUCUAUUCCUGUCUACUGGAUCUCUGGAGCUCAGGAGCCUGACUGAUGCUGACAGUGGAGAGUACAUCAUUAACAUUACACCAGCUGCUGGAGGCGCUUUAACAGGGAGCACCACACUGAACAUAUAUGAGCCAGUCUCCAAUGUAGCAGUGCAUCCCAAAAGUGCAGACUUGGUUGAAUUCAGUUCUGUUAUUCUGUCCUGCACCUCCUUUGGAUCCUCCAUUUCUUUCCUCUGGCUGAACGACACCUCUGAGGUUACAGCCAGUGACAGAGUUCAUCUCACUGAUGGAGGCUCCACUUUGACAAUAGUCAACGUGACUCGCUAUGACCAGCAACCAUUCAGGUGUCAUGUGUUCAAUCCUGUCAGUAAUGACACCAGUGAGCCUGUAAACAUCAUCAUCAGCUUUGGCCCAGAAAAUACAAACUUACUGCUAUCACCAUCAGAAGAAUACUUUGCAGAAGGGUCAGAUGUCAGAUUGUUCUGCUCAACUGAGUCUAGACCUCCUGCCCAGUUUAUGUGGUUUCUAAAUGGAGAAAGUCUGCCUCACUCAGAACCAGAGCUCAACCUGACAAACAUUCAGAUGAACAAUACUGGAAACUACAGCUGUCAAGCCUUCAAUGAUAAAACCAUGAGAAAUGAAACAUCUCAGCUUACAGCUAUAUCUGUACUGGUCUCUUCUGUACCUCUUCUGGAACCUUGCUGUCUUUCCUCUGGCUGA